GGCAAUUAUUCCAACUGAACACAUUGCAAUCAGUCGACUCAUAUCAGCCCGACAUCAGUGUUGGACGAUCUCGUGCACCAUUCGACUCUUAUAAACGACAUCGAGAAAUUCUGCAUUCUCUUGGCAUACAUUGGCGACAAAGCCUAGUCGCCCGUCCUAUCGAGGGUCCAUCAGAGGAGACAUAAAGAACAAGAGCUAGAGCACCAUUGGAACCUUUGUUGUACCGACUCUGAUAUGUCUUCUAAUAUCCUCGACGACUACAUCGCCUCUGCCCAGAAGACAUUGGCAGACGCAGGAAUCAAUCUGACGCCUCUCACAAUCCUCAUCACGCUCUUAGUGCCCCUCCUUUCCCUCGUUGUCCUUUUCGGGAUUGUCUCUUCUCAGGGCGACAAGCCUCUUCCUCCGCCCACUGGCUGUCGCAAACUUGGACUCCGGGGCCGUAGCAAUCUCGAGGACCAGUACUCGAAGAAAUAUGCCCGAGGAGCCGAUCCUACACCCGCGAAACCUUGGACCGUAAAAGCGCUGUUCAUCUAUCCUGUGAAGUCCUGUGGUCCUGUCGAGCUGGAGAAAAGUGACAUCGUUCGUACAGGGUUGAAGUACGAUCGCCAAUUUUCCCUCGCCCAGCAGGUCACGAGCCUGCCAUCUUUAGAGGGAGAAGUCACAAGCGAAUGGCAUUUCUUAACACAGCGCAAAUUUCCACGUCUCGCGAAGGUCGAAGCAGAGGUCUGGAUUCCAGAUCCAUUAGCACCUGGAUACAAGGAAGAUAGAGAAUGGGUGAAGAGCGAGGGAUGUGUCGUAAUCCGCUUCCCAUUUUCUCCAGAUUCCGAUUUCAGUUUGGGAGGACUCAAAAACUACGCGAAGAUCAUGGCAGCCAGAUUAGCAAGGAGGUCAGAGCCCAUGAUCGAAUUCAAGAUACCUUUCAAUCCGUCGCAAGAACGUAUCAUGAGUAAAGGUUACACAAAUGAAGUUAUGAACAUCUGGAAAGAUGCCCCUGUAGCGCUGAACAUGAACUCUGAGGUUGACCGAGAAGUUCUCGCAAAGCUCAAGUACACACUCGGCACUUCAAACCCAAUUGCUCUGUUCAGAAUCGACACAAAAAGGUACAGAGAAGUGCAGAAAUGUGCACCAAAGCCGGAGGACGUGGGGUUUCAGACAAUCAUUGGAAUGCAAGAUUCAUAUCCCCUUCACAUCCUGAAUCUAGCCUCCGUGCAUGAUAUCAGCUCUAAGCUACCUCAGGAGCUAUUGAAAUUACCUUUGCUCAACGCCCUGCGCUAUCGCGCAAAUAUCUACAUCACCGGCCCGCCCGCCUUCCACGAAGACGACUGGAAGAAAGCGAUGAUUGGCUCAGUAGAAUGCCAUAUAUCGUGCCGCACAACGCGCUGCAAGCUCCCGAACGUGGAUCCAAAAACGGGAAUCGCAGAUAAAAAUGAACCAGGGACUACGAUGCGGAAGUACAGAGUUAUUGAUCAGGGGAGCAAGAACGCAUGUUUGGGCAUGCAGGUUACUCCGCUAGGGGUUGGCGAGGUGAAGGUCGGCGAUAGUAUUGAGGUGUUGGAAACAGGGGAGCAUUUCUAUUUGGGCGGGUCCGGAAGGGUGAUUGUGGGGUAAGGGUUUGAGGGUGAGUCUACACCAAGUACUGUUCAACAUGAGUACAAUGACCAAGGGUUGUGCUUUGGUUCUAGCAUAGCCUGUUUUGAGCAUGGGUGUCUUUGCAGCAACCAUAGAGAAAGUCUGAGCUGUCGUGUUCCAAACAUCCCACGAGAGAAUACCUGGACGCAGUUAUGCUCGGCCAGCCCUUUUCUGGCAACUCGAGUACAGAUUGCAAGAGCAGGUGCAGCUGAUGGCGGGUUUGUUAACGAAACUGCUCGGAGUGUCGAACAAUUAUGUGCACGCAUGCUGCUUAAUGAAAGUCACAUGUGAGCUACCGGAAAAUUCGCGGCAACACAGACGCUGAAGCCUUGUAUCCGCUUACAUAUCAUGCAUCAUAGAGUGGACGCAGCAAACAUUACUCGCUUACUGGCUUGUUAUUUGUGGCACAUCGAAAUCUGACAAGAUAAGACCCCUGGU